AGCAAACCGCUCCGUUGCCGACCAUACAGAGCAGGAAGAUGAGGAGGUAAGAGAUGAUGAAGACAGCUGCCACCGAAGGCUGAUGAAGGUAGAAGUCCACAUAGGAGAUGUUGCCUUCUAAGUAGAGAUUACUGGUGGCAAAAGCUACAAGCUUCUUCUAAGAGAGAGUUUUUGCAAGUCUGAACUUUCUUGAUAUCGUAUUGUCUCGGUUUCAAGCUACAAGUAUCUAUGCCCGCUGUGUUGUAGUAGCAGUGCUUUUGCUGGUGCGACGGCUUGAACGUAAGGGGGACAAGACUUUUUAUUCGACUGCUUGAUGGAGCUGAAAGAAUCACUUUAAGGCAGAACCUGUAGUUACACGAGACACUGCACCAAAAUUCCAAAUCAAAUCUGAACCGUGACAAACUUCUGACGUGUAUAUUGUGUAACUUGUGUAGAAAUGGUAUCGGUCCACGUAACAGGCCAACACUGGCAUCUUGACUUCUACAGCUGACACCAGAGGCGGUGGUUUCAGAAAGACAUUCCAGCUUGGGGAGGAUGGCUUUUGCCUCACGCUGUGUUCUGAGUCUCCGUGACCAACGGGACCUGCGCUGUCACGAAGCAGCCCUGCACAUGAGAUUCUUCUCAGGCUUUAGAAGCUGAAACAAAGAUAAGGAACCUUCAGAGACAGACAGAACAGAAGCAUGUUGUCAUAGAAGAAAGUUUGAUGUGAGAAGGAGUGGGGCUUCAGCCACAGCCAACCGAUGAGCUCCAGACUGAGGCUCAAGUACGUGACAGGCAGAAGUGCAGACCGUGUCACUGACAAACUGGAGCGCUUGGGUCUGCCAACAUAAAUGCCACAGGCAAGACAGCCUGUUUGCCACGUCAAGACUUCAUUAGAGUAUCAUUAACUUCUUGGAAAUCGUUUUAAGGCACACUGCAUCCUGUCAGGGAUGAAAGGGAGAGCAGCAUGCAGCUUGAGUGACAUGAAUGAACCCAUCAGUCUCAGCAGCAUUGGUAAGCUGUCCUGCGUUGUCAUCUCCUCUCUGCUGAUGAUCCCUGUAGUCACUGAUUAGCAUCAAGAAUUAUUUAACUUUGUUACCACUGCUCCAGGACUUGAAUGAAAGUAGCUACUGGAAGCUACCCUCUACCUAUUAUAAGUUAGCCAUGCCUAUGUAUUGCAGCUCUGAAGAGGUUUUUUCUGUUUCACACCUGCACUCUGGAGGCUUCCAUCACAAUGAACCUGAGUUCACAUAUUGCACAAAGCAUUCUCCACUCCCCUAAACCCAAUUCUGUUCAACAAGUGAUAGCUGUAACUCAGGUGUGCCACAAUAGUUCCCAACAGCAUUUGCUUCUGUAUUCCAAGCAGCUUAUGCUGGAAAGUGAAGUAGAUUUGAUGGGCCACUAAGCUAUCUUACCUGUUAGUGUGAUUAUAUACCUUAACUAACAUUACCUGUACCAACCAUAUUGUAACACGGACCAGCAAGUUGCUCUAACAACCUAGGUUUACCCACUGGAAGGCAACAGCAAAACAAGCCCCCUCUACCCUUAUUGACUAGCAUCACCUGGUGAUUAGUACCAUUUUAAUGAAACCCUCAGGGUUUUUGGAAUUCUGCUGUAGUCAUAGAUGAAAACAAACUGUACAGUAACUCUUCCCUUCCAAAUGCAGAGUUUAUGACUGCCUUCAAGAGAGAGAAUUUCUUUUCUGUCAAUGCUGUGCUCUUGAUAGCUUUCAUUUACCCUGUCAGAAAGCUAAAAUUAGUCAGGUUCCUCCUGCUACAAGGAGACAUCAGCCAAAACUUUCCAAAACCUUAUCCUUCAAUUUUAAUGCCAUAUGGGAAAUAUUUUUAGUCUAUCAAGGGACCUAUCAUUAUACAGUUAAAUAAUCACCUCUCCUGGUUUAAAGGCAUUAACACAUCAAAUCUGGCAUAAGCUACUACUGGACUACAACUGUUAAACCUCCACAUAAAUAAAGCAAUUCUCACCCCGUACACAUGAAGCCAUGCCUUUGGUUUGUAAGAGUUCAGCAUUCAGCAGGUCAGCAGCUCAAGGCACAGCUGUCCUGUUGGCUGUGACCCUGCUAGACUCAUCCUACACUGAGCUCCCCCUUGAGGUACCUCAGUCCCAUGAGCAGCGACAGCCAGCAGAGACAGCCCUGUUCUGUUUCUUCAGUGGCAGUAGCUGUACUGUACACACAUCCUCAUCUGCAGGAGAACUGCAAGUUCAGGGUCAGUCGUCUCAUGCACUGUGAUUCACAUAGUAACUACCCAUUGAUGUGGCUUGAUAAGGUCAGAUCACAACAUGACUAGAGCAAUACUGUGAACGCAGUUGAGCCAGCUCAGUUGACUGGUACAAAGCUGCAUGUUUUCUCCCCAUCUUCUUGUUACUCCUUUGAAGAGCUCUGCAAGCUUAUACAGCAGCAAUACCCACGCCACCCCCGGCAGCUUGCUACCCACUUGUCUCUCCACAGCCCUCUUAACAAGCCUGUGAUUGCCUUUGCCUUUAGCAUGGCUGUACAUCCCUGUACCAUUAGCCCCAGUGGAUUCAAAGGUUUAGGUCCAGAUGCCAACAAAAUUAAUGAGGGUGACAGAAGGCCACCAUAUGAGGAUUUGCAGGAUAUAUGCUUUUUGCAGGAUAGGCGCUUCAGUCUGAGGUCUACACAAUUAGAUUGCUUACCAAAUCACAUAGUACAUAAAUUCAACCUCAAUCUUCAAGAAUCUUAGAUUUCUGUGGAAGCAACCAGGUUACACCAAAAUCCUCAUUAGAAGGAUAUUAACAUCAACACAACACAGGAUUUAGGAUGUGCCAUAGGCAAAAGGUCAACUAAGCCAGGAUUUGGGACCUGCAAUAGCCAUAAGGGAAAAAUAAUCAGAUAGCGGCUCUGCCUCAAGCAGCAAGGACUAGAACUAACUUUUCCUCGCUAAGAUUUUCUUUCCGAGAGAAGCAGCAACACAGGUCCAUUACUUAGGUUUGAGAUGCCACCUUACAGGUACCUAAAUGCAAGCCUCAACAAAUGGUUCUCCAUUGUAGGGAGUUACAUUCAAUUAAUUACCCUUUCUCCAGCAAAACACUUGAGACAGAUCCCACAGCAUUUUACACUAAACAGCUCCCGAGUACGGUUCAGAUUGAAAUAACAAGGCACUAUUCUUUUCUAGAUCGAGUUAGGUAACAAAGGUACUGCAAGCUCCAGAUGCUUUUUUUCCUACUGCAGGUUGUUGCCAUUGAUACAAAACCAAGAUAAGAGCAUGUAAAACUUAGUCACUGAGAAAAAACAUGAAGUGACACCUUGGAGAGCCAUUCUGAUGGAAAUGAGUAGUUCAUGGGACUAAAAUGGGUUGUCCUUGACCUAAAACAUCCCAAAUAUAUCUCCCGUGAGAGUUUUCAUGUUGAUUCCCUUCCAAGCAACACAGAGGUUUAGUUCUCCUCUGGACACGUUUGGUGUCUGAUCUUAACACAGUUACACUGCUAGCACUAGCAGAAACACCGUGUGGACUAUUAGAGGUAGAGCCAACAACAAACUUGCUCUAAAACACUGUCCUAAGCUUUCCACACCUUCUUUUACAGCAAGGUGAAUAUAACUCAUUCCUGGCUUAGCAGUUUCCCAGACUCAGCAGAGUAACUGUGUUAACCAGCAGCAUUUGACAACUGACCCUUAAAACGUUAUUUCAGCCCUUGUAACUCGACAACCAUUCGUAAAAAUCAAUCAGGAAAAAGCAAAGCAAGUGACACAAAUGACUCUACUCACCCCUCUUCCACAGAAGUGCUCUUAGUGGCCACAGGCCCUUAAUAAAAGCCUUGAGCUCAGCACAGCAAUUAAGCAGCCAGCCCAUUCAGAUUGGCACUCUCAGCAGCAAAAGCACAGAUGCUGUCCCCUGUCACACACAGUCACCCUUGCUGGCCAUACAGCUGCCUUGUCCCUGCUGGUGGGGGGAAGCGUUGUCAUGUCUGCCCCCAGGUUUUGAACAACAAAGCCGUUUGGGUCAGAGGCAUCUACUGCCACUGCCUUUCCCCGCCCAGCGCAUGAAGUGGUCGGUAUUGCAGCAGUGCACUCCCUGGAACCAACUUGAGCAGCAUGCAGGGGGGACUUGCUUGCCAGAAAGCAGAUGCCUGGCAUCCCCAGGAGCCCCAUGUAGGCUGUGUUAUGUCCUCAAGUAAAUUGGGACCCACCUCCCACCUCAGAGCAGCAGGAUCAGCAUCCCACCUCCCACACACAAACCUGUUGCUCACAAAGCUCCUCCAGUUUUACCCCAGCUCCCAGCUACAGCAGAGAGGAAGAAACAGCCCAACCCAAGUUAAAAGCAGCCCCCCCACCCCACUCGAUACCCCCACUUACAGGUGCCAGAGCUCUGCAGCAGCUCCUUGUUCAGUGCAGCGAGGAGGAAGACUGCAGCCCCAGGCACAGCAGAGAGGGAAGAGACCCUGCAGCUCCUGCCUGAUGCAGGGAGGAGGGAGAGAAGGAGGGACUAGACAAAACAGCCCAAAGCCAAGCUCUGGGGCUAGAGGGGUGUCAGCCGCAGCCACCGCUGUCCUGGGGUGGAGGGGGAUCCCUGGUUUGCACAUUAGGGCUGGGUUUCUUCCCUAUCUUUCAUUGCAGAGCCUCACCCUUUUGCUCUUUCUGAGGCAUCCCUUUGCCUUAGGAAGCUUGUUAUCAGGGUCAUGCACUAACAGCUCCCUCAGCAGAUGCCAGCCCUCUGACACACACCCCCAGCCAUUACAGCUGGGGGGAGCCAUCAUCCAGAGCCAUCCCCCAUGCACCCAGCACUCCCCAGCACAGCCUGCAACUCUCAAGCUCUUGUCCUGCAUGCCAAGUUACAGCAUUUAAACCAAGCCCCUCUGCAGAGAGGGCAAGGGUAGCUUUUCAAUCAGCAGCAGGAACCACGAGAAAAAGAACAGUCUGUAUGGCCCAGAUUAAAUCAGUUAGCCCUUGUGUUCAAGACUACAUUUUUGCUUUGCCUGUUUCUGCCUCCCCAAAAUCUAACUCCCACCCAGACCCCACAGCUGAAGUCUGUAACAGUCACCCCACCAACAUCACCAGGAGCUUUCUCUCCUCAUACAGCUAAAGGGUAGAGGAAAGAAAUCUCAGGAAGGCCAGCCAGUGCUCCACACCCAACUUACCUCUCUGCAUCCAGAGCAAGAAAAGAACUUCCAGGGCUCUGUCUUACACUGGAAAAAGCGUCCUUGCUCUCCAGGGGUUCCCCACGGUACCCCUCCAGGGGCACAGGUUACCAACCCAGCCCUUCUAGCUGAACUAAGCUUCCACAGCUAAUAGGAGCCUUACCAGAGAUCAGGAGAACAAAGGGUUUUGCCAUAACACUAUAACUGAACUGAGCUACAUAACCAGGGUAUGCCUGAUAUUUUAUGCCUUCUAUAGACGUCAACAGCAGCCCUGUGUUUGUAAUGGGGCCAUACUUUUACAUGUUCAUUAAAGUGUUUGCACAUUAAGGUUAGACUACGAUCUGAAGUCUCUCUCACAUAGCCUUUAAAAGAGACAGUGCUUUACUUCUUCCCUUCCACCACUUUCUCUGCAAUCUGUACUCUCUAAUUAUAGAAGCAGGACCUCUUUUUUUAAAACUCAACUUGAAUUAAUUAAAAUUAAUUCAUUUGUAACACAGCAGAGGUCAUGCCUUAGAUGUAAGUAGUCCUUUGUUUCACUAAAGGCUGAACUUCACCAUGAAAAAGCUAGUCCCUUCCACAUGAAUCAAACCUGUCUUACAGCAUAGGCUUUAAGACAAUACUGCAGCCUUGUUUUAUCAGCUAGUAGAAGUCACGUACUGCCACUAACUUAAGUAAUUCAUAAAGAUCACAGUAAAACUAGAGAACACUCAAACCUUAUAACAGCACAAAACCACAACCCCCCUCCACAUGCUCAGCCACACAGUACCUAAGCAGGAAUCCAAAGCAGCCAAUUAAUACUACCUAAAAAAAAACAAAAAAAGGGAUAAAAUAAUAAUAAUAAAAAAAUUACUUAUAACACAGCUAGGACUAAAUUGAGAAACAAAGCCCCUGGCCUGAGCUUAAAUGCAGAGCUGGGGCCAAUGGGGAAGGGCGUGUGGGCGGUGGAGGCUCCAGGUGAGGCCGUCAGGGCAAUGGGGACCUGCUGGGCACUCGGAAUGCAUCCGUCAGCAGCUGGAACCAAGCUGCUCUGACACCACGCUGACAUCUCCAGUGGUCUUUGUGAUCUGUAUCGUUAGAUCUGACUAUGUGGUGAGUUCAGACCUUUUUUUUUCUCACGACAGUAGGAAAAAAUUGAUGGGCACAGACUAUGAACUGAAUGCUUACUCUUUGAUUUGCCUAUUGUCCUUCAGGUCAAUCAACAACAGCUGAAAUUAGAAAGACCCCUUUAAAAUAAUAAAUGUGAGGACGGACAGAGAAGGGAGAAAUAGUUUCAGGUUUUCCAGAUCCCAGACCCAUCCCAAGCACAUUAAGUGCAAGUACCAGGCUGUCAGGAUUUGUGGCCAGCAGCACAGAAGCAAGGAGGUCUCUGUGGAUUCUGUAUGGGGUUGGCAGCGUCAGUCUCGCACUUAGAUUAGGUGUGUACAUUUUGUUACACGCCUCAGAAUACAUUGUGAGGCUUGUAAUGGUCCCAUCUGGCCUGACAAAGGAAAAAUAUCAUCUGAAAUUGGAAACACCUCAUUCCAAAGAAGCCUUUUCUGCCAGGGAAAGAUUGAAAUGUCCCUGUUCAGCUGGUAGUGCUGAUUUUGUGCGUGAGUGUGCGUACACUGAGGUGUGCCACUGCCUUGGGUGAGGGAACCUGCAGCCAGCAGAGCAGCACUCCGAUUUGUGUCCCGCGUGAGUUGCUCAUGGAUGUGACGGGGUGACUAUUUGCUGCCUUCUCCUCAGAAGGGCUCACCAGGUGUCGAUGCGCUGCGGGGCUGUCUUGUGGCCUCAUUUCUUCUCCUGAUUUGGAAGUCCUUUAGCUGUUACAGGGGAAGUUGCUGUGCAGGAGGUGAACUACGCUUGGGCUUGCGGUUAUAGACUCGGCUUUGUGCUUUAGGGCCUGAAGCAGCCUGGGACAUUGCUGCUGCGUGGGGCGUCAUCGGAGCCGCCUGCGAUAGCCUCAGAGGAUAAUGAUCCCCUCUCCUCUGUAUACCGGAGCAAUCGUUCCCAAAAUGUACCCAGUGCAGGGUGAGUGCUGUUGAUUGCACCUGCCAAUAACGUGCGUGCAUGUGAGCGGCAGCUUGCCUGCUCCCUGCCGGCCGCUGCGCCUGUCGGAGGGGUCACCUGCCCCCCCAGGCACCGUGUCGCAGGCGCGUGUGCCAGCGCUACGGGCUGCCGCGAGGGGAGGGUGGCCUGGGCAGGCACGGCAAUGAAUCCGGUGUCAAAUUUUGUACUGAGCGCGGGGCCAUGGUUUGAUUUCGGGCUGUUAAGCCUGGGGGCUCUUCAGUCACAAACACCAGGGAAGAAGGAAGCUCUGGGUUUAUGAGCCCAAGGAGAGGAAGCGCAAGUUAGUAACUCGGUGGGACCUUAGGGCAGCACGACACGAGGUAUUCCUGAUGGGGGGUGGUUUUGGAAGUCCCCAGGAGCAUUAGAAAGCCUUCCCCUGCGACAGUCUGUAGCAGUCAAAGCCCCCGCGUUCAGGAAAGGUUAAUGUGAAACUGGCCGAGGACGCCCUUUGUAGGAGAGGGCCUGCAAAGAGCUCCCGCCGAGUGGCCCCUGCAGCGCGUGCUGGGGCAGGAGCUCGGGAAACAAACCCAACGUGUUUAGCUACAGGAAAGUAUUGCGAGGGCCCCUGUCGCGGGUCAGCUGGCAAUGAGGCAAUUUAGGUAGGCAAUCAGAAAGCACUUUCAUAGGGAAACCAUAAGCAAACAGUCCCCCCGAGUGUGUUUCAUAGGGGAUUUUUUCAGCCUGGCAGAAACGCUGCCUCGGGAACUGUGAGCUCUGAGCGAGGCCAGAGGCUCCUGGGCAGCCGCCCUGAGGUGACGUUCCCCGGUGGGAGCACACGCGCUCUGACCGGGGAGGCCAGGGAGGAGCGAGCGCCGGCAGAGGCUUCUUGGGGCGCCUUUCAAAGCUUUUACCCCCGUGCUCCCCUUCCUCCCGGCGUGGCACAGCUGCCCUUUCUCCCCAUCCUUAACGGAUGGCAAGGCAAAGGCCAGCUGAUCCGGCCGCGGCGACGCCCUCUCGCCGGCGGCAGCCGCUGGGGCUGGGGGCGGCGUGUGGGCCGGGGGGGGGCGGCGGCUCAGGGGCACCCGCCCGGCGCUGCCCUCCCGCCGCCAGGGGGCGCCGCGGCCUCUCCACCCCGCCCCGCUAUUGGCUGUUGGCCGCAGGCGCCGGCACCGCUGAUUGGCCGGCGCGGGUGGGACCGGCCCCGCCCGGCAAGUGCCCGAGGGUUUCGCAAGUCCCGGCGCCAGGUUCCGCUCGCCGCCGCGGGAGCAGGUGCGAGUGUGGGAACUGCGGGGCGUCCCGGUAGGUGUUGGAGGGUCCCCGAGUCCGGGGGUGCCCUGCCGAGCUCGGGGCCCUCUGUCGGGGAUGCGGGGUCCCACCGUACCCUUGAGAAGCCCUGGGGCUGCUCAGCAGUCGGGGGCGGUUGGGUUCGGCGAGGGAGUGUCUGGAGCCGGGCGGUGCGCGGCGGGUUCGUGAGUGUCCGUGGGUUCGUCCGUCCCGCGCCACGGGCGGGUCGGGACGCGGGGGAUGCCCGGGCAUCCCCACGGGGCUCAGCCGGGGGGCGUGGGAUCCCCGCACGCAGGUGCCGUCCGGCGGGGAGGGGGCGCGGAGCCCGCCUGUGGGCACAAGGGUCCGCGCCCGGCGGGGUCCCCAAACCGCCCGUGGGUACGUCACGCGCCUCCCUGCGCGGCGCUGCGGGUCUGGCGGUCGGCGGCGGGGCCCGCCCCGGUUCGGGUCACGGGGCCCUUUGCACCGCGUAACCAGCGGCACAAACCCGCCCGGUUCGCCGCCGCUCUGGUGCGGGUAACGUGUUUUUCGUGCAGGCUGGACGGUCCCCGGGUGAGGCACGCGCUGCUGGGCCGGCCGGGGUCCCAAAGCGGGACCCUGUGCCUGGAUGGCUCGGGGCCGCACCCGCUUCCCGCCGCGGGCGGGCCAGGGUGCCUUUGGCUGCGCGGACGGGGCGAUCCCUGGGCGCCCGGGCAUCGCCCGAACCCCCGGACUGGACGUGGGGUGGCCUGGCGGGGUGCCCGGGGGUUCCCCCGUCACCGCCCUAAUCACGGCCGAGAGGUGCAGCUGGUUCCCAGCAGGGCUGGGGGGUAUCGUGUCCCCUGGGCUGCUGGGGGCAACGGGGCUGGGACUGGAAGCGCUGCAGAGGUUCUUCAGCUCCCGCAGACAGGAACAGCCUUUCUGCAGGAGCUUCUGCUGAGGUGGAGGAAAAUGGAGGGGUUUGUGGUCCCCCUUCCAUCUGCGAGCCCUCCCCGUCCGUGUGCCUGACCCUUCCGUCUGAGCCGCUGGGUUUUUGGAGGAGCCCACGAGUGACCGUGGGCAGAGGCGGCGCUGGCCGUGAUGUUUCCCGACCGCGGGAGAUGCCGUCGCUGUGCUCCGGCAGCUCCGCGGGGCUCUGCCGUGUGCCGGUACGACGGCCGCUCGCUCGCAGGGCUGCCGGCGUCGGGGCAGCCACGGCUCGGGGGAGCCAGGUGACGCUGGGGCCGCUCCCGCCUCCGCUGUUCCCAUUCUACACCGCAAUGCGAUGAGGUGGUGGAGCUUUACCGGAGACGUGGGCAGUGUUUGUGGUGAAGUGAAACACGCGGAAGGACGGCCCAGCCUUGGACACAAGGACUUUGCUUCGUGGAAGUCCCUGAAGGAUGAGGGACACCCCCGGAUGCCCAAGGUUUUGGGACCGACGCACAGGCGUGGCUGUGCUGACGCCUGGGGAAGGCUCAUCGGGGCGCCCGGAUGAGGAGCACGGCCCCGAAGCGGCGAGCACCAGGGGACACUGGCCACGGAGGACGUGCCGGGUGAGGUCCAGCUCCUGGCUGCUCCAGGUCAGUUGUGGCUCUGGCUUCUGGUCCAGCUUAUGGACAGCUCCAGCUCAUGGAUGGCUUGGGCUUGUCUCAGCUCCUGUUCGUUGUGGCUCCAGCUCACCUGCAGCUUCAGGGAUGGGUGGACGGACAGACGGACGCCGAGACCCGUGUGGGGUGCGGAGCCCCAAGAAGAAGCCGAGCUGCCUGCGCUGCCGCCUGCCCUGCGCGCGACCCCGCUCCUGGCUGGGGACAGUCCCGCCUGCGCCCGCCCGGAGAUGCUGCCCGGACCGCGCGGCUCCAGGUCCAGCUUCACGGACAGCGACAGCUGCAGCUCAUGGAUGGCUCGGACCUGUUUCAGCCGCUGUUCACUGUCACUCCAGCUCCAGGCCCAGGUGCAGCUAUGGACAGCUCAGACUCAUUUCAGCUCCUCUUCAUGUGGCUCCAGCUUAUUCUCGCUUCAUUGGAAAGAAGAACAAGCCCCAGUGUGUUUCAGACUCCAGUUUGGACUCAUCUCCUCUGCUUCCAGUUCCUGUUGUGCUUCAUCUCCAGUUGGUUUCUAGUUCCAGUUCCAUUUUGGCUCCAGCCCAUUCCAGCUUGUGCUUGCUCAAGUGCUCCUGGCUUUUUGCCAAGGUCAUCAAUCAAUCACUGUCAGAAGUUCUCUAUGAAUAUGAACUGUCAUAAUUGUACAUGGUCUAAAUAUGGCCCAGUGCCCCUCCCAGUAGCUGUACACACCUUGAAUAAAGAGUUGACCAGUCAUGAAAAAAGGCCUGAAAAGUGCUGUUUC